AUGACCUCCAAGAAGUCUGGAAACAAGGCAGCGCAAGCACCGGACGCCUCCGCGACGCUGCGGAAAUGGGCGACACGGGCCGUGAUCGCAUUUGUUGUCUACGUCACUUGCAGUUUCCUCGACCGUAUCAAGGACCGCUGGUACGUCUUCGACCCCAAGGCCCUCCACGCCCUCGCGCAAGACGCAGUGAAGGCGCACCCGGACGAUAUCAACGCCAUCAUCCCGUACAUCGUCUCCAACCUCACCGCGGAGUACCCCGCGUCCGCGAUCGCGCUCAACACGAACUCGUCCGAGUGGGUGCUCAACAACGCGGGCGGCGCGAUGGGCGCGAUGUACAUCAUCCACGCCAGCAUCACCGAGUACCUCAUCAUCUUCGGCACGCCGCUCGGCACGGAGGGCCACACGGGGAUGCACACCGCGGACGACUACUUCAAUAUCCUCGUCGGGGAGCAGUGGGCGUUCGACCCGCCGAAGCUCGAGAUGGAGCGCUACCGUCCGGGCGAGGUGCACCAUCUGCCUCGGGGGCACGUGAAGCAGUACAAGAUGCACGAGGGGUGCUUCGCUAUGGAGUAUGCGCGUGGUUGGAUCCCGCUCAUGUUGCCCUUUGGCCUUGCCGACGUCUUCUCGUCCACGCUUGACUACUGGUCGUUCUACCACACCGUCCGUAUCACCGCGCGCGAGAACAUCCGCAAUUUGCUCAUCGGCAAGAUCUAG